GUAACUGGAAAAUACUUAUCCAAGAUGGAGGCUAGUCUGCCAAUAUGUUUUCUUGGAGAUAUAGUAUACAUCAGGUAUCAACAUCCUGGUGGGGAUUCUCCAGAAGUCACAAGCUCAGUUAAGAUCUUUGUGGAAGAAGAUUUGUCACCUAUUAGCAAUCAGCAACAUACUGGAGAAAAACCUCAGGAAGAACACACUUCAGUUCAGUUUCCAACAAGAGUAAGAGCAGCAAGAUCUUCUCCAUCCCAUGGAAGACGGCCAAGAAGCACAAGAUCAGCUCAUCUAAGGCGCAGAAAGAUGGUAACAUUUGUAGAUGAAGAGGGACCAUUUUCAGACAAAACUCUCCGAAGAGGUAAUGCUUUCCUCAGGAAAAUAUAUCUCAUGUUGACAAUUCAUCUGAGCUUCACUGUUGGUAUAAUCUGCAUGUUCAUCUACUGGAAAUACCUUACAAUAUGGGUACGUAGGCGGCCAUGGUUUUGUUAUGCCCUCUUACCAGCAAUCUUGAUACUGGCUAUUGCUUUAGCCUGUUGUGAUCAGGCCCGCAGAAGAUUCCCACUUAAUAUAAUUUUGUUAUCAAUGUUUACAGUUCUUGAAGGUACCUUACUUGGAUCAAUUGCUGCUUUCUUUGAUGCAGAAUCAGUGAUGUGGGCUGUCGGUGCCACUGCAGUGAUCAUGUUUGGAUUUUCUAUUUUUGAAUUUCAGUCAAAGUGGGACCUUACCAUUACAUCUGGAGUCUUGUUCAUUUUGGGUUCUGUAUUAGCCAUUUUUGGAGUUCUUGCUGCCAUCCUGCAAUCAAUGUGGCUACGAAUAAUAUAUGGUGCCUUUGGAUCACUACUUUUUAGCGUAUAUCUGUUGGUGGAUACACAACUAAUGCUGGGAAAGAAGCACCACUACCGCCUGGAGCCUAAUGACUACAUUUUUGCGGUACUGAACGUCUACAUCGACAUUAUCAAUACGUGUUUGUUUGUACUGAAAUUUGUUGGUUUUUUAAAGUGAAAAGUAUGUUGACCCAAUAAAAAGGAUUGCUAUAGAUGUUGCAUGAACAAAAAUGAUAAAUUAACUUCUAGGGAAACAAAAUAAACCAUUAUAACAUGAGAAAUUGGCUAGUUACAAAAACACUAC